GAGUAUAAAGCCCUUCGGCAAGACCCAUCGCACAGGCAAGAAGAGAGGAUUGGACUUGAGGAACUCAGGAGAGAAUGCCAAGCUGAAGACGCCCAAGCAGCUCAGGAAGCAUCAGCAGGAAUGGAAGAAGAAGAUGGCGAUUCUGCUUCAAGGAAACGUAAACUUGAAGAACUGGAGGAACAGAAGCGUGCCUUGGUCGAGGAGAAUUCUAAGAAGCAGAAGGAACUCGAACACGAAUCCCGAAGACUCAGAGCUGUCGAAGAAGCCGAGCGUAGAGCUCGAGAACAGCGUGCGAAGAACCCCAACGUACAAGUACCAGAAGUCUGAGAAAGGAGGAACAUGGUUCGAACAGAAGUCUGCAGAACUGGUUGAAGAGUAUAUCCAUGGACAUGCAAAGCAGCAGAAGAAGUCAAAGGAAGCAGAAGCUGCAUAUGCCUCUGCGUGCAAGGAUUCUGAGAAGGCACAGGAAGAUUUCGUUUCUGCACUUCAGAAGGUUCAAGAUAGCGCACAGCUACUUCAGAAAAGUAUGGGCAGAGCCUUGGAAGCAGCCAUCGAAUUUGGCCGUGAAGAAGAGCGAACCAGAAUUUACACCCAGGCGAAGGAGAAGUGUACACGACCUGAAACCUGGAGAGUUGAGAAGAAGAUCGCGUCAGAUGAAAAGUUCUUGGACUGUACCUACUACCCGUUCUCACCUGAAUGGCAGGAGAAGGUACGAAAGGAACUGCUGGAUUUGGCGUACCGUGGGUUCUCAACGAAUGCCGAUGGAGAAGUAUUCGUCACGAAGAAGUUUGGAUG